AUGCCGUCCUCAAAGAAACUAACGCAUUUCUUGUCAAGUGCUGCUUUAUGUGCAGCUGGAGUGGCUGUACUGGGUUUCGGGAUGUCGACGAACUGGGCCCAAGCUAACAUGGACUGUGCUCCGAUCGACAGUGAAGAGUUCAGUGGAUCCUCCAGUCUCCAAAUUGGGCUUUUCAAUGGCACAGAGACCAAAAUCGCCUGCCCUAGGAUUGACAAACUUGGAGUUAACGUGCCUGUGUUCGAACGGCUAGGGAAAUUAGCAGGCGCUCCGAUCAUCCUGCACGCUCUGGUUGUCAUCCUGUUGGCUCUGGCUCUUUUGGGGUCUGCAGGCAGUAUUCUGGUCACACUGUACAACAGCUUCAGUAACCCAUAUCAGACCUACAUGGGACCAAUAGGACUGUACACAUGCAGUGGACUCAGUGCCUGUUUGAACUAUUUA